AUGAAUUUAAUAAACAAUAAAUCAGAGAUAUAUAAUAGCGAAUUAAGUUCUAUUAACCAGAAAGAAAUAAAAACUGAGAGUGAAAAGAAGAAUUAUAUACAUGGCAAAUUAUUAAAAGAAACUUUCAGGUUAGAUACAACUAGGAUCAAGACAGUAGCAUUUCAUCCCAAUGAGAACAAAUUAAUAAUAGGACAUCAUUGUGGUAAGUUAUCAUUGAUAGACUAUCUGUAUAACACAGUACAUACUUAUAAUGAACAUUCAGGAAGUAUAAGGGUAGUUAAGUUUCAUCAUGAUGGUGCUAUAUUUGCAACUGCGGGAGAUGAUAAGAUAAUAAGAAUAUGGGAUUAUAAAACAAUGAAGGUAAAGAGAAAGUUAGUUGGACAUGUUGAUUAUAUAAGAGGAUUAGAUUUUCAUCCAACCAGACCAUUACUAGCUAGUUGUAGUGAUGACAAAUUUAUUGGAUUGUGGCAUUAUGAGGUGGGAAAUGCUCUAGCCUGGUCAAUAGGACAUUUUCAUUACAUCAUGAGUAUUCAAUUUAUAGAUAGUUCACAUUUAGCAACAUGUUCAUUAGACCGCACAAUAGGUGUGUGGAUUAUUAAUGAUUCCUUUGGUAAGAAAGGUUCUAAUCAUUCAUUUAAUUUACAGCUACCACUAUUUAAAAUGCAAAAUAUUGAAGCUCAUGAUAGAUCAAUUAAUUGUCUAAUUUUUAAGAAAGGCAAGCUUUAUAGUGGAAGUGAUGAUAGAUGUAUUAAAGAGUUUGAUUAUAGAGGAACACUUGAAUUGAAUAGAACAAUUUAUGCACAUGAAAACAAUGUUACAUGUAUUGAUGAACAUGAUGGAAUUAUUAUAACUGGAUCAGAAGAUGGGAAAAUAGGAUUUACUGUUAGUAAUAAAACUAAGUCAUUUCCUGUAAAUACUAGAAUUUGGUCACUAUCAAUUAAAAAUGAUGUAUUAGCUGUUGGUAGUGAUGAUGGAUUAAUUUUAUUUAACCUUAGAAGUUCAUUAAUUUCUGAUUGUCUUACUUCUUACUAUUUUAAUGAAAAUUCAGUUUUCUUAGGAAAUUCUUUAAUAUUUAAAGUUGGUAAGAAGCAUGGAGUUAGUAUGAUAUCUACUAACAUUGAAGAUAAUAAGCUAAAAAGUGUGAUUAUCAAUUUUGAUAAUAAAUUUGGGGUAUAUUCAAGUACCGGAUCAUUACUUUCUAUUGAUGAUGGAAAAGCUUGUUAUUUUAAGAAUAAGACUUUAAUUCUCAAUAAGAAUGAAUUACUAUUUGAUAACAAGAAAAUAUUUAGUGUUAGUGAAAUUAAAAAGCAAUUUGAAUUACGUGUAAGUAAAGAUCUGAUAUUUUUAUUUAGUGAUAAGGAGGUAUUAAUAUUAACAAUAGAGGGAUUAAAGAGUAGAAUAAGAAGUGAAAAUUACAUCAGAUCUAUAAUUAGUGAGGAUUCUAAAGUAUGUUUACUUGGAAUUAAUUCAAUAGAGAUUUAUAAACUUGAUGAUGAUUUUGAUCCUACUUUAAUUGAAAUUGUAGAUGAAAUGAUUGAAAUACAAGAUGCUAAAUUUGGAAAGUAUAAAGAUGAAACAAUUCUUGUAUAUUUAACACAAAAACAAGUUAAAUAUUUUUAUCAAGAAGUUGGUAUCUUAUGUAAUAAUCCAUUUAGCAUGUUUGGAAUAAUUAGCAAUGUUGACUUAGAUAAUAAUGAAUUAACGUUAGUUAGUAAACAAGAAGAGAAAGUAGAUGAUUUAGCAUUGGGAGAAAUUAGGUUUAGAAUGGCAGUGUUAAAGAAUCAAGAUGAUAUUAUUUCCGUGAUAGAAGAAGAACAAUUACCAGGACUUUAUCCAAUGGAGUAUUUAAUUAAGAAAAAUAAAGGAUCAAUUGCUUUGCCUUAUAUUAAUGAAGAUGAUAAGAAAUUUGAGUUGUUGCUAUCUGAAGGAAAGUUUAAUGAUGCUUAUGAGAUAGCAGAGAAUAUAAAUGAAAAUGAAAUUUACAAAAAACUUUAUGAGAGAAUUGUUAAAGAAAGUACAUCUGUUGAAAAUCUUAAAAUAGCAGAAUCAUGUCUUUUAAAAGAAAGUAACGAUAUUGAUUUAUUCUAUUUUUAUCUUUGUUCUAAACAAUUUGAUAAAUUGAAUUUAAUUAAAGAUCCACUUAUAAAUGAUAUGGUGAAAUUGGUGAAUGAUGAUAUGAAUAUUUUUAAUAUUGAUUCUAAUGAAAGUAUAAAAAAUACUAAAUUUAGUAAUGAUAAAACUGAAAAUGUUGAUAUUAAAGAAUCUGAAUAUUACAAUAGUAAAGCUUAUUUUAAGGAAUCUGAUUCAAAAGAUAUUAAUAGUGUUAAAGAAACUAUUAGUGAAGUAAGUAAUGAAAUUUAUACUGAUAAGAGUAUUAAUGAAGUAAGUAAUGAAAUUAAUAGUGUUAAAGAAACUAUUAGUGAAGAAAAUAAUGAAAUUAAUAGUGAAGAAAAUAAUAAAAGUAUUAAUGAAGAAAGUAAUGAAAUUAAUAGUGAAAGUGAAUAUGAAAAAAGAUUAAAAGAAGGAUUAGAAGAACUCGAUUUAUAUGGAGAUAAAGAUAGUGAAACUUCUACAAUUUAA